UUUAUCGGGCGUGUACAGGCCGAAGAAAGAUACAAAAGCUUCUCGAAUGCUCCUCUCAAUUUCCAUUCCCUUCCUGCGCCGACCCAAGCGAUCCCCUUCGUUUCCCUGCUACUAGUCUACGACUACUUCCUCUCGCCGGAAUCCGCCAAAGCCAUGAAGCGCUCCGCCGACGAACACGACCGCAAGCUUCCCUCCUCCGCUGCCGACGCCAAGCCUGUCUUCAUCACCAAAGCCGAGCGGCAGCGCCUCGCCCUUCAGCGCCGCGAGGAGGCCGUGGCCGAGCAGCGCCGCGCCGCCAUCGAACUACUCCAGCAGAACCACAACGAAGCCCCCAAGCCCCUUGAAGACCCCUUGCCUCCCUCCGACUCCAGCCAACGCCGUGACCACGAACGCGACCGGGACCGGGAUCGAGACCGCGACCGGGACCGGGACCGAGACAGGGAACGGGAUCGGGUCCGGGACAGAGAUCGUGAUAGGGAUAGGGAUAGGGAUAGGGAUAGGGAUCGGGAGCGGGAGCGCGACCGCGAGCGAGAACGAGAUCGCGAUCGACGCACUCGCGACCGAGACCGGGAGCGCGAGGACGAGGCCCGUGCUCGAGAGCAGGCGCGCUCGGAGAAGCAAGCGGAGCGUGAGAAGACCAAAGAACUGGAUGCUAUCAAGGAGCAGUACCUAGGAUCCAAGAAACCGAAGAAGAGGGUUAUCAAGCCGAGCGAGAAGUUCCGCUUCUCCUUCGGCUGGGAGGACACCGAGGAUACCUCCAGGGACAUGAACGCCCUCUACCAGAACCCCCAUGAGGCGCGGCUUCUUUUUGGGCGCGGCUUCAUAGCGGGCAUGGACCGUCGGGAGCAGAAGAAGCAGGCCGCACGCCAUGAGAAAGAGACAAGGGAGGAAAUCCGGCGCAAGGAGGGCAUUGAAGAGCUUCCUGAGGAGGCUGCUGCCCAGAGGAAGAAAGAAGCAGCUGCCGAAAACUAUGAUUCCUUUGAUAUGCGUGUCGAUCGCCACUGGACAGAGAAGAAGCUAGAGGAAAUGACAGAACGAGACUGGCGUAUCUUCCGUGAGGACUUCAAUAUCUCCUUCAAGGGGUCACGGAUCCCGCGGCCUAUGCGAAGUUGGAGCGAGAGCAAGCUCAGGCCCGAGCUUCUCAAAGCUAUUGAAAAGGCGGGUUACAAGACCCCCUCCCCCAUCCAGAUGGCUGCCAUCCCUCUUGGCCUCCAACAACGUGAUGUGAUUGGCAUUGCAGAGACUGGGUCAGGCAAGACUGCAGCCUUUGUCCUCCCCAUGCUUAGUUACAUAACCAGGCUGCCACCCUUGACUGAGGAGAAUGAAGCUGAGGGGCCUUAUGCUGUUGUCCUGGCUCCUACACGUGAGCUUGCACAGCAGAUUGAGGAUGAAACUGUUAAGUUUGCUCACUAUCUAGGAAUUAAAGUGGUAUCCAUUGUAGGUGGACAAUAUAUUGAGGAACAAGGAUUCAAGCUGGGGCAGGGAUGUGAAGUAGUGAUUGCAACACCUGGUCGUCUUCUUGAUUGUCUGGAGAGGCGGUUUGCUGUGCUUAAUCAGUGCAAUUAUGUGGUACUUGAUGAAGCUGAUCGGAUGAUUGACAUGGGUUUUGAGGAACAGGUUAUUGGAGUGUUGAACAAAAUGCCUUCUAGCAAUUUGAAGCCAGAGAAUGAGGAUGAGGAACUUGAUGAGAAAAAGAUAUAUCGUACUACAUACAUGUUUAGUGCGACAAUGCCUCCAGCUGUCGAACGACUUGCUAGGAAGUAUUUGAGGAACCCUGUUGUUGUUACGAUUGGCACUGCUGGCAAAACCACUGAUCUCAUCACUCAGCGUGUGAUCAUGAUGAAGGAGUCUGAAAAGCUUACAAUGCUCCAGAAGCUUCUUGAUGACCUUGGGGACAAGACAGCCAUUGUUUUUUGCAACACUAAGAAGUCUGUUGAUAUAAGAGCCAAGGACCUGGACAGAUUGGGCUACAGGGUGACCACACUUCAUGGUGGGAAAUCCCAGGAACAAAGGGAGAUCAGCCUUGAGGGCUUUAGGAAUAGGAGGUUUAAUGUUCUUGUAGCUACUGAUGUUGCUGGACGCGGGAUUGACAUUCCUGAUGUCGCUCAUGUGAUUAACUACGAAAUGCCAAAUCAAAUUGACAUGUAUACACAUCGUAUUGGUCGUACAGGACGAGCUGGGAAGACAGGUUCUGCAACUGCAUUUUUGACUCUACAUGACAGUGAUGUAUUCUAUGAUCUGAAGCAGAUGCUGAUUCAAAGCAAUAGCCCAGUGCCACCAGAGCUGGCCAGACAUGAGGCUUCAAAGUUUAAGCCCGGGAGUAUUCCUGACAGACCUCCUAGACGCAACGAGACUCUUUUUUCUCAUUGAUAGAUAUUGCAUAUGCUGCUUAUUGAUGGUGUUUGAAAAUUUUACUCAAUUGAACUUGAUGACUUUUCUUUUCUAGUUUUGAGGACUUCAUCUAUAGUCAUCUUUCAUCUGGUAGAAAGCAUCUAGAUUGUGUAUCAAGGACGACAACAAGGCUUCUUCUCAUCUUAGAAGUGUUUCAGAAACCUAGUUUGAAAUAGGAUAGAACUUCUGAGCAAUGAUAACUAUUAAUGUUAGUCUGGCUAUCUUUUGGAGAGCCCCUUCUUGUUUUGUCAGUUUCAGAACUUGAGUGCCAGUCAUGAGAAAUAAGUUCAAUGCAUGGAUGGAGGCUGUCUCGAAUUCCAGCCAAAUUUUGUUAAACUCAUCGCAGGAUAUUUCAGUCUGGUCCAAUAUUUUCAGUUAGAGGAGAAAAUAAACCAUGAGAUUGGUAACUGCAUUGCAUGGAUGAAGUUGCUAGUUAUUUGAGAACAAAAAACACAAGUCAUCACACAAGAAGGGCAUGUAUGAAUUUAGUUUGUGAACCUUUUUCUUGAAGAAAGCAGGAGAUCGUCAUAGUAGAAGUGUUGAACUGCAUUAGAACUAUCACCUGAAACACGCUUUGUUGAAAUGAAACCACUCUUUGACAAUGAAAGAGGCUUCUAGCCAUCUUGAAAUAGUUAAAUAUCCUAUAAUUCUCAACGGAAGUGUUUUUGAUUCCUGAACUGCCCUACCCUUUCAAAAAUCUGCAAGUUGAUGUCAUUGUGUAUUUGUGUUUUGCCAAUUAUUCGAGAUGGUUUGGAGGUCAGCAGCCUCUUGCUUCUGUAUUGUUUCUUGAGUUAUUUCAUUUUUUCCUUGCUUUCUAAAGAUACCUAUGUUUUUAAGAUCACAGCUCUUUGGAACAAUUAUGGCUUCCUCUUGCUUGAUAAGAUCUUGUUUACAAGUGGCCUGGAAUUCUUCUCCCUCAAUUCUGCAAAUUGCCUACAUGAGCCUUCGCUCCCUUCAAG